CAGUGGCCCCGAGCGGGGAGGGAAAAAACCCCUUCCAAGAUGGCGUCUGCGAGCAACAUGGCGGCGGAGGAGCAAGAGAAGGAGGCGGCGGCGGCGGCUCCUGAAGCAUCGGCGGCCGGGGCUCCUCCUUCUCCGCGCAGCCCGAGCGCUGAGGGCGAGGAGAGGGCGGUGCCUGCGGCCACAGCCUCCGUCGUGGCCGGAACGGACCCAGAUGCGGCCGCUAAGCCAGCCAGCAACGGCACUCCGAAGCCGGAGGAGGCGACCCCAGGGCAAGGGUGCAAUGGGCUCAGCGUGGAAGCCACUGCCGUUGCUGCCGUUGCCACUAUUGCCACUGCUCCAUCCGUGCAGCCAGAGCCAUCCAGGGAAGAGGCCCCUCAGCCCCCACCGGCCCCCGAUCUGGUGACCCAUAUGGCCCUCAACCCGGCCAUGGAGGACCUCUCCAUCACCUACCCACUGGACUUUGAGCGCUACUGGCGGGCCGCUCAGGAGAACCCCCUCGACUUCACGGCUUGGACUGAGCUGCUGCAAUACGUGGAGCAAGAGAAUCACAUCUACGCAGCCCGCAAGGCCUUCGACAGCUUCUUCCUGCGCUACCCAUACUGCUAUGGCUAUUGGAAGAAGUAUGCAGACAUGGAGCGGCGCUUUGACUUCAUCAAGGAGACGGAGGAGGUUUUCCAGCGAGGUCUGCAGUCGAUCCCAUUGAGCAUGGACCUGUGGAUCCAUUACAUCUCCUUCCUGCAGUCCUCCUUAGAUAUGAACCAGCCAGACUCAGCGCAGAAGAUCUGUGGCACCUUCGAGUCGGCUAUAGCAGCGGCAGGAGUGGACUUCCGUUCUGACAAACUCUGGGAGAUGUAUGUGGAAUGGCAGCGGGAGCAAGGAGACCUGAAGGCUAUGACUGGCAUUUAUGACCGCGUGCUCAGCACCCCCACCCAGCUCUACAGCCAUCACUGGGAAAAGUUCAAGGAACAUGUGGCCAGCCACCACCCCAGAGAUAUCCUCUCCAACGAAGAGCUAUUGUGGUUGCAGUCGAAAAUGGCCUCCGAGACAGGGGCCAAGACCACAGAAAUGGAGGCUGAGGAGGCACCGCCGGGGGAAGACUUGCCACUCAAGACAGACACGAAGCAGGAGAUGGGAGAUGGGAGCCAAGUGCUGGGGCCCAUGGACCAGGACAAGGUCCGGGAAGUGGUCAUUUCCAUUCGCCAGCAGAUCCACAGCCAGAACGAGGCUGAAGUCAGCAAGCGCUGGAAUUUUGAGGAAGGGAUCAAAAGGCCCUACUUCCAUGUGAAGCCACUGGAGCGGGCGCAGCUGCGGAACUGGCGAGAGUACUUGGAUUUUGAGAUCGCCAGUGGAUCGCAUGAGCGAACCAUUGUGCUCUUUGAACGCUGCGUCAUUGCUUGCGCCCUCUAUGAGGAGUUCUGGAUCAAGUACACCAGAUACCUUGAGAACCACAAUGUGGCCGGGGCUCGGAGCGUCUUCCAGCGAGCGUGUUGUUACCACCUCCCCCGAAAACCAAACAUCCAUCUCCUCUGGGCAGCAUUCGAAGAGAAGCACGGGGAAGUGGAGGAAGCGCGGCGCAUCUUGAAGUCUUUUGAGGACUGUGUGCCCGGCCUGGCCAUGGUGCGCUUGCGGCGGGUGAGCCUGGAGCGCCGCCAGGGGAACACGGAGGUGGCCGAGGCGCUCCUGAUGGAAGCCAUCCGGGACAACGAGGGGAUGCCUGUCUCCUCCUUCUACUCGGUCAAACUGGCCCGCCAGGUCUUGAAAGUGCAGAAGAACAUUGCGAAAGCGCGCAAGAUUCUCCUGGAGGCCUUGGAGAAGGAUCCGGACAAUGCCAAGCUCUACGCCAACCUUUUAGAGAUGGAGUUUGGUGCAGACGUCCGGCAGAAUGAAGGCAAUACCAUGAGUAGCUUUGACCGAGCCUUGAUGAGCGGCCUUCCUUUGGAGACCAAAAUCAUCUUCUCCCAGCGAAGGGUGGAGUUUCUCGAGGACUUUGGCUCCAGCAUUAAUAGCUUAUUGACAUCAUACGAUGAGCAUCAGAAACUCCUGAACCAACAAAUGUUGAGGAAGAGGCUCUUGGAAAAUGGCAGCGCAGAUGAGGCGGAUGAGAAGAGAAUGAGGCUGGAGGAGGUUGCUGCUGGAGGAGGCAAUCUUGCCGUGGCCACAACAGGCAUCACACCCCUGAUGGCAGCCGAUGUGAGCAACACUGCAACGGGGGCAUACAACUACAACACCUGGUACCAGAACUAUAGUAACUAUGGCUAUCAGAACGCAUGGAACUACAAUCAGUAUUACCAGCAAACCUGAGAGUGACUGGCAGCUCCCUUUAUUUGACCCACUAGCAGCAAAACGAAGUCUGGCAUCCCUUUGGCAGCUGUAGAGAAACUGAACUACUCCUAUCUUGAAUUUCUUUUCUUCCUUUCCACUUCCUUGAUAAUCUUGAGCUGCCCUAUAGCAGCUCUUGCCAGGAGACUCAAAGGAACUCAUUGCCACCAGCAGUUCAGGGGUGGAUUUUGUGAGAUGGCUGAUUUCAGGAAGAGGAAAGAGAGGUGACUUGCAUUAGCCCCAGCUCUCCUGAGAUCCUUUUGACGAGUGAGAAAUCAACAGCCACAAGAUCUCCUGAACUCCACCAACGGAGCAAAACAGACUUCCACUUAUACCGAGUCCUGAGAAGUGAGUCCUCCCUCUGUAUAGUUCACAUGUUGCAACUGUAAAUAUACAUGUCUUUACACACA